AAAAGCGCUUCCUUCUUCGUUUCAUCUCCUACUGUUCCUCCUCCACUUGUGCGUGUUUGUCCUACAAGCAUCAGAGUAACAUCAGCCAUCGCUACCGACAUUGCGCUCACCUCAUCCUUCCUUCCCCCUAUCUUUUGUGCAUCAUUUCCCUUACCUCUCUCGCUUCCGAACUGUCGCUCGCGGUACUUUUCUUCUCCACGACCUCGUUUAGCUGGUAAUCUCCUUCCUCCACGCUGUAGACGAUCUUUCCCCAGUCUACAAUUGCCCCCCAGCUUUGCCCAAUAUUCUUUCUCCGCAUUCACCUCCACCAUUCACAGUCCAACUACCGCACCGCUCGUUCAGCGCUCGAGUUCCCAUUCUGAUAUCGAGAUGAGUGAGCUCCCACCCUCGACACCACAACCCUACCGCCAGUCCCUCCGACCUCCUCCACGCCAGCGUCCCCCAGGCUCUAGCAACGAUCAACCACCUUACCCUUCUUCCUCCUAUUCACCACCUAUCUCCCCAACCCGCCAUCAUCAGCACACAUAUCCCCCAACUGCUGCUGCAGGUACCAGUUCACAAUCUACAGCAGCCGACAGCAAACCCAUAUCCUCGUUCUCUCGUGCUAGUCCUUAUGACCGCGAUGAUUCACGAAGGCGCCGCCUCGACACCCUGGCAAUCAUGGACAAUGCCGACUUUGGCUGGUUCCACGUCCGGGCCUGCAUGGUCGCUGGCGUUGGCUUCUUCACAGAUGCCUAUGAUUUGUUCGCCAUCAACUUGGUCUCGCCUAUGCUCGGUUUCGUCUAUUUCAGUCAUACGGGGAACACACUCCCGGCCGAUGUCGACCUUGGUCUCAAGAUCUCAGCUUCUGUAGGCACCUUCUUUGGUCAGAUUGGGUUCGGAUAUCUUGCCGACAAGCUUGGACGCAAGCGGAUGUAUGGUGUGGAGCUGCUGAUUAUUAUCGUCGCGACGUUUGGCCAAAGCCUUAGUGGUGAAGGGUUCGCGCUCUCGCUCCCCGCAAGCAUCAUUCUCUGGCGAUUCAUCCUCGGUAUCGGUGUCGGAGGCGACUACCCUCUCUCAGCUGUCAUCACCUCGGAGUUUGCAACGACGCAUCGACGUGGUGCUAUGAUGGCCGCAGUCUUUGCGAUGCAAGGGUUCGGCUACCUCACCACGGGCAUAGUCGCCAUUGUCCUUCUGCUCUGCUUCCGCACUAAGAUCGAAGCCGAUGUCAUGAACCUGGACUAUGUCUGGCGCUGCCUAAUCGGCCUAGGAUGUGUCCCUGCCCUUGUCGCCGUCUAUUUCCGCCUGACCAUCCCUGAGACCCCGCGUUACGUCCUCGAUGUUGAGAACAACAUCAACAAGGCCGAACGCGACGUCGCCACCGUCUUCAAGACCCGAAAUGCCCUUCAGAGCGGCUCCGACGACUUUGAGGACCGACGGGUGCACUUUAACACUAACACUUCUGUUAACCCCAACAAUAGUCUAGGCUUCCCACGCAAGAGCAGCAUCGGUCGAUCCGACUACGUACCAGAAGGACGGCGCUCGGGCGGAGGUGACCGUGGCCCCUCUUCCCACCCUCUGUUUUACAGAGACUCAGACAGAACCGUGGGCAACCAAAGCAGCUUGCGCGAAUUUUUCAUUUACUUCUCGCGCUGGAAGACCUUCAGGGUCCUACUGGGUACCUCCAUGACGUGGUUCGCUCUCGAUGUUGCCUUUUACGGCAUCGGCCUCAACAAUACCUUCAUUCUCUCGACCAUCCAUUUCGGCUCUGUCGAUGGCGACGCCUACCACACCAUGUGGAAUGCGACUGUCGGCCAGGUCAUUAUUGUCCUCCUUGGUGCCAUUCCUGGAUACUGGGUUACGGUCUUUACGAUCGAGCGCCUCGGUCGUAUCAAGAUUCAGGUCUUAGGCUUUAUUAUGUCCUGCGUCCUCUUCCUUGUCCUCGGGUUUGCCUACAAUCCGAUUCGUAAUGUCUCCCCAGUGUUGUUCGUCUUCCUCUUUGCCGCCACUCAAUUCUUCCAAAAUUUUGGCCCGAACGCCACGACCUUCAUCAUCCCUGGCGAGGUCUUCCCGACGCGGUAUCGGUCCACCGGACACGGUAUCUCUGCAGGCAUGGGUAAGCUCGGCGCCAUCGUCGCCCAGAUCGGCUUCUCGAACAUGAAGGAUCGAGGCGGCAAGAACGCAUUCAUCCCACAGCUGCUCCAGAUCUUUGCACUCUUUAUGUUCAUCGGUUUGCUCUUUACGUACUUUGUCCCAGAGACCAAGGGCAAGACCCUCGAGGAACUCUGUGGCGAGGACGACUAUGCGGAGCGUCAACUCGAGCGUGAGCGGUCAUUCAAUAACCAACUCUUUGAAGAGAAAGACGACGACGACCGUUGAAACCAG